UUUUCUUUGAGUGACGUUUGUUUAUAUUUCCCCAUGGCAACUGAUACUAUCCUCUGUUUCCUUGGUCACCUCGGCCUAAUUUAAACCACAGUUACACUAUAAAUAAUGUUAAUUGAUUGAUAGCUAAACCUUUAUAGUUUCUGUUCAGUAUUUGUCCAUUAUUUCUAUGUUCCAAAUACUUAUUUGAACGUUUGAGUAUUACAAGCAAUGUCGAUCAACACGGGACAUGGCUUACCAUUUUUGCCAGGAAACACCUUUCGGGAUGUUACGAAGUCAGCUCACCAUCGUCCUCAAACCCUGUCUUAUAAGAAUGGCUAUGCCCUGCCGCACCGGCCCAAGGUUGGCAUCGGACAAGCCCCUCUCCUGUCCAGUGAGCUGACCCAGAGUGAGAUCAACCAGUUUUCCAAUCAGACGUCUGCUCUCACCUAUGGCACCACCCACUACAGCCCAGCACUGGACUUCAUCCCUGCUCAUGUCGCUUAUGACAAGAAGGUGCUGCGCUUCUAUGGCUACUUCCAGCAGGAGGUGCUGCACUCGCCCCAGGAGGGUUACCGCGUGCGCCCUGUGGUCCUUUACUACUACCUGGAGGAUGACAGCAUGUGUAUCAUGGAACCGGUGGUGGAGAACUCUGGGAUACCACAGGGCAAGCUGAUCAAGCGCCAGAGGCUGCCCAAGAAUGACCGUGGCGACCACUACCACUGGAAAGAUCUCAACGUGGGCAUGGACCUGGUAGUGUACGGCACCGUCUACCGCGUCACACACUGUGACAGCUACACACAGGACUUCAUGGAGAGCGAGGGUCUGGUUUUGAACGACGCUGAGCCGACCCCGGUCGACCCGUACAUCCAGCGGCGCACCCAGCCUGGACGCUCCUACAUCACCCCAUCUGUCUUCGACCGCCUCAAGCAGUUCCUCACCAUGGACCGCAAGGUGCUGCGUUUCUUUGCGCUGUGGGACCACACUGACUCUCUGUACGGGGAGGCCAGGCCUGUAACAAUCCAGUACUAUCUGGUGGAUGACUCAGUGGAGAUCCGAGAAGUCCAUGAGCCCAACAGUGGCCGGGACCCAUUCCCUGUGCUGCUACGCAGACAGAGGCUGCCCAAGAACAUCAAACCAGCCUGCAAGCCCUUCCCUAGCUGUGUACUGGAGGUGUCCCCCCAGGAGGUGCACCAGUACUACUCGCCCAAGGACUUCCAGGUGGGCGAGACCCUGCAACUGAUGGGCCGGCGCUUCCUGCUCUACGACUGUGACGAGUUCACCAAGGCCUACUAUCAGAAGGAACACCCCGACCUGGAGCUCAAACCCAAACCUGUGGUCAAGAAGACCACAGAGCUGCACGACAGGCAUGAGGUUCCGCCCUACAAUGGUUUUGGUUCACUUGAGGACUCCCUUCAAAAUUGCCUGUCUCUGAUCCCUGAGCCCCCUAAGAAGGAUCUAAUGAAAAUGCUGGAGAAUGACCACAAAGUUCUGCGCUAUGCUGCCAGGAUGGACUCCCAGAAUCCCCAGGACGAGGGCCGCCGCUUCAUCUUCUCCUACUUCCUGUCCAGUGAUAUGAUCAGCAUCUUCGAGCAAUCAACACGCAACUCCGGCAUCAUCAGCGGCCAGUUCCUGGAAAAGACACGCAUCCCCAAGCCGGGCUGCACCGUGGACAAGCCCGAGUUCUAUGGCCCGGCCGACUUUGCCAUCGGAGACACCGUGGAGGUUUUCAGACACCGCUUUGUACUGACCGAUGCUGACCACUACGUGCUGAAGUACCUGGAGUCCAUCUCGGAUCAACUCCCCUCUCGCACCCUGAACUCCCUGAGACAGAGGCUGGGCGUGGCUGACCAGGAGGUGGACCCCCACACUGACCCGCAGUCAGAGGACAUUGAAAGAGCGGAAGCCUCUUCUUGAGAGGAAGUGUUACUCCCCUACAGAACCUCUUCCCUCCGAACCACCUCUGAUUAUGAACCAAAGCCUAGGCACACCCUUGCUCUAUGUUUCUCAUGAUAAAUAAAUGUGAUUCUGAAAACACUGGACCUCAUGCCUGUUUCUGUAAGUGGGCUGACACCUACUGGACAGAAUGAAACAUUUCAUUCUGCCCUCUAGCUCUCACCAACAGAACAAUGUUUAAGGUUAAAUAUAUAUAGAUUGAGACUAAAUGGAUGACCUUGCAAUAAAGAAUACCUCUUCAACACUU